AUGUCGUUCCUGAGAACCCUGUGGCUGGCCUGGGCGCUGCUCCGAGUGGUCAGAGCAUGCCCUGAGCCCUGCGCCUGCGUGGACAAGUAUGCGCAUCAAUUUGCAGACUGUGCCUACAAGGAGUUACGCGAAGUACCCGAGGGGCUACCAGCCAACGUGACUACGCUUAGUCUAUCGGCCAACAAGAUCACCGUGCUGCGGCGCGGGGCCUUCGCCAACGUCACCCAGGUCACAUCUCUGUGGCUGGCACACAACGAAGUGCGCACCGUGGAACCCGGAUCGCUGGCAGUGCUGAGCCAGCUCAAGAACCUCGACCUGAGUCACAACCUCAUAUCCAGUUUCCCAUGGAGCGAUCUCCGUAACCUGAGCGCUCUGCAGUUGCUCAAAAUGAAUCACAACCGCUUAGGCUCACUGCCGGGCGACGCGCUCGGCGCGUUGCCUGACCUGCGCUCCCUGCGUAUUAACAACAACCGCCUCCGUACGCUAGCUCCGGGCACUUUCGACGAAUUGAGCGCAUUGUCUCACCUGCAGCUCUAUCACAACCCUUUCCACUGCGGCUGCGGCCUUGUGUGGCUGCAGGCAUGGGCAGCGAGCACCAGAGUCUCGCUGCCGGAACCCGACUCCAUUGCUUGCGCCUCGCCUCCCGCGCUUCAGGGGGUGCCGGUGCACCGUCUGCCCACUUUGCCCUGUGCACCUCCCAGUGUGCGUCUGAGCGCCGAGCCGGCGCCUGAGGCACCUGGCAGCCCAUUGCGCGCCGGGCUGGCGCUAGUGCUGCAUUGCACAGCCGAAGGCCACCCGACGCCCCGCCUGCAAUGGCACCUUCAGAUCCCCGGUGGCACUGUAGUUUUAGAACCGCUGGUCUUGAGAGAGGAGGACGACGGGGAUGGGGCUGAGGAGGGGGAGGGGGAAGGGGAUGGAGACGGGCCGACGCAGACCGAGGCCCCGACCCCGACUCCAGCACCCGCUUGGCCCGCACCCCCAGCUACCCCACGUUUCCUGGCCCUUGCAAACGGUUCCCUGUUGGUGCCCCUCCUGAGCGCCAAGGAGGCUGGCGUCUACACCUGCCGUGCACACAACGAGCUGGGCACCAACUCGACGUCUAUACGGGUAGCAGUGGCAGCAUCAGGGCCCCCGAAGCACGCGGCCGGCGCGGGGGGAGAACCUAUUGGGCAGAUUCCAAUCUCUGAGCGCAAGUUCACAGCCAAAGGUCGGGGCAACAGCGUCCUGUCUUCUAAGCCCGAGAGCAAAACCAAAGACCAAGGCCUGGCCCGCGUCAGCGUCUUCGGAGAAACAGAGGCGGGGCCCCAGGAGGAAACAGGUGAGGAGGGAGAGGAGGCCGAAGACCUGGUCCCCGCGGACCCCGGAGAGGAGCAGCGCUGCGGCCACGGGGAUCCCUCACGGUAUGUGUCCAACCACGCAUUCAACCAGAGCACGGACCUCAAACCCCACGUCUUCGAGCUAGGCGUCAUCGCUCUGGACGUGGCGGAGCGUGAGGCUCGCGUGCAGCUAACGCCGCUGGCGGCGCGCUGGAGCCCAGGGCCCCGCGGGGCCGAGGGAGCAGGGAGGCCUGGGCGGCGGCCCAUGCGCCUACUCUAUCUAUGCCCAGCCGGGGGCGGGGCGGCCGUGCAGUGGUCGCGCGUGGAGGAGGGCGUCAACGCCUAUUGGUUCCGCGGCCUGCGUCCUGGUACCAACUAUUCCGUAUGCCUGGCGCUGGCUGGAGAAGCGUGUCACGUGCAGGUGGUGUUCGCCACCAAAAAGGAGCUGCCCUCACUACUGGUCAUCGUGGCGGUGAGCGUUUUCCUCCUGGUGCUGGCCACCGUACCCCUGAUGGGCGCUGCUUGCUGCCAUCUGCUGGCCAAACACCCCGGCAAGCCCUACCGCCUUAUCUUGAGGCCCCAGGCCCCAGACCCCAUGGAGAAGCGCAUUGCUGCCGACUUUGACCCGCGUGCCUCCUACCUCGAAUCGGAGAAAAGCUACCCGGCAGGUGGCGAAGCGGGCGGUGAGGAGCCAGGGGAGGCCCCUGGAGAGGGCCUGGAUGAAGAUGCAGAGCAAGGGGACCCUAGUGGGGACCUGCAGAGGGAGGAGAGUCUGGCGGCCUGCUCGCUGGUGGAGUCCCAUUCCAAAGCCAACCAAGAGGAGUUCGAGGCGGGCUCCGAGUACAGCGACCGGCUGCCCCUGGGCGCCGAGGCAGUCAAUAUUGCCCAGGAGAUUAACGGCAACUACAGGCAGACUGCGGGCUGA